CAACCUAGAUUUGGUUUGCAUAUGUUUUUGAAGUCAUUGUUAUCUAUAAGUGUCACUGUUUUUUACCUUUUCACAGCCAUUUCCAGCUUAACUGUAUUAAUAUUUUGUUUGCUCCAGUCUGGAGUUUUGCAGAUAUCUUCUGCAAUAGCAUCAUCAACCAAGCAGCAUCAUCUCUUCCCAUUGUGGCAUCUCUGUGGUCGGUCACUCCAGAUGGAGAUGGUGAAGAAGAGAAGGGCACCAGAUGUAGCUGAUGAGUCUGGAGGUCCAAAAAAAGAGUGCCAGGAGCCCACCCAGUCUAGCAGACCUGAUGCACCACUGGCCAGCAAGCUGCGGAAAAAGAUAAAUGCCGAGCCCGGCCCCCCGCCGGCCGAGCCCUGCGUGCCCGACAUCGAGGACUGGUGCCCAGCCGGCUGGCAGCAGGUGCUGGAGAACGUGCGCAGCAUGCGCGCGGCCCGCGACGCCGCCGUCGAUCGGAUGGGCGCCGAGUCGUUCGCCGCCGAUCCCCAGGUCGUCACGCCCGAGCUGGCGCGUCUGCACGUGCUGGUCUCGCUGAUGCUCUCCAGCCAGACACGUGACGAGAUCAAUCACGCUGCCAUGACGCGGCUGAAGGCGGCCGGCCUGUCCGUGCCCUGGCUGCUGCAGGUGGACCAGGGCCAGCUGGCCCAGCUCAUCAAGCCCGUCGGCUUCUGGCGGCGGAAGGCAGAGUACCUGAAAAAGACAGUCAGAAUACUGCAGGACGAGUACGCGGGCGAUAUACCGCCAUCUGUCGAGAGCCUCUGCAAGCUUCCCGGCGUCGGCCCAAAGAUGGCGCACCUCUGCAUGAACAUCGCCUGGAAGCAGGUCUCCGGCAUAGGGGUGGACACCCACGUGCACCGCAUCAGCAACCGGCUCGGCUGGGUGCGUCGGCCGACGGCCACCCCAGAACGGACCCGGCUCGCCCUGCAGGCCUGGCUGCCGCGCCAGCACUGGAGCGAGAUUAACCUGCUGCUGGUCGGCUUCGGACAGCAGAUCUGCACGCCGGUGGCGCCUCGCUGCGGCGACUGCCUGAACUUCAGCCUCUGCCCUUCGGCGCGCCUCUCGCCCAAGAAGCCCAAACGGUAACGGAACCGCGAAGUCUGGCUCUGCGACACGCGCUGAAGGAGAGCGUGUGACGUGUCUGUUCUGUCGCGUGCUAGCCGGCGUCCCGUCCACCUCCGUGGGGGACGGAUACCAGUUCAGGGCGCGCCGAGUGGCGGCGCCGCCGGCGCAGCUCAGGUCCGCUGCGUGAGAAGCUUUGUCAUGUUGCGCAUCGCAAGGUCAGGUGUUGCAUUGGGCGCUGUCGCGGAGCGUUUGGGCGUGUGCUUAACGCGAGUGUCCAGAAAGAAGCGUGUGAGCGAGGCCCGACGUAUUAGGCGUCGGGAAAGCCACGUUUGGUGGAAGAGGCGUUGGGUAGCUGCUCGUGACAGGCGACACAGGAGGUCUGGCUGGACUUCAGGACCAUGUGCCAACUAGUGUUCAAACGAUUCGGCAGGUUGGAGACCUGCGGACACACUCAACUCGGAUUACGGUGGAGAACCGGAUAAGUGGUCCACGCAUGAAUGAAUGACAUCGAGAUAGUCCCAUCGUGUUUUUUUUUCGCCACCUGUAAUGGUUGCACUGUGCAGAACUUGCCUUUGAGUAAAGGAAUGCACGCUCCA